AUGGCAGAAUUCUUGGCUGACCACCCGAUAGACGGCUCGAAGGACGUGGACUUCACCUUCCCCGAUGAGGAUGUGCUGACUGUAGUCGAGGAAGUUUGGACGCUCUAUUUUGAUGGAGCUGCUAAUCAAAAGGGGUUCGGGAUUGGAGUGUUGUUGAUCACACCCGCCGGCGCGCAUAUUCCGCUUGCUUUCAAGUUAAAUUUCGAUGUUAUCAAUAAUCAAGCUGAGUACGAGGCCUGCAUUGUCAGAAUGGAAGCUACUAUUGCUUUAGGGGUAGAGAAACUUGAGGUGAUCGGAGAUUCAAACCUGGUGGUCUCUCAAGCUAAUGGAGAUUGGAAGAUUCGUGUUAAGCUGCGACCGAUUGUGAGUGAGCAGAGGGAUUUUCUUGCUUAUGAGUACGUCAACGCCAUCGAUGAUGUCGUCAAUGAUGGCCUGCCCUGGUACCAUGACAUUUGGAACUUUGUGGAACGCGGGGAGUUUCCUGCCGAGGCCACGAAGAAAGAUCGUAUUGCUUUGCAAAGGUUAGCUUCUCAGUACAUUAUCUGCGGGGGGAAGCUGUAUCGAAGGUCUCACUGUGGGAUGCACAAGCUCUGCGUCAACGGUGCCGAAGCAACAAGAAUAAUGGAAGAAAUUCACGAGGGAUGCAUCGAUUACGUGCGGCGCUGUUACAAAUGUCAAAUCCAUGCAAAUCUGCAGCAUGUUCCUCCGUCUGAAUUGUACGGCAUGACCUCACCAUGGCCUUUCUCUGUUUGGGGCAUAGAUGUUAUCGGCAUGAUCAGACCGUCCGCUUUAAAUGGUCAUAAGUUCAUACUGGUGGCGAUAGACUAUUUUACCAAGUGGGUCGAGGCUGAGUCUUACAAAACCCUGACAACGAUCCAUCAUUCAACGACCUAUCGUCCACAAACAAAUGGGGUGGUCGAGGCCGCAAACAAGAAUGUCGAGAUGAUCAUCAAAAAAAUCGCUGAGUUUGCAAAGGACUGGCACGAGCAGCUACCUCUCGCCCUAUGGGGGUACCGAACGUCGAUCCGCACUUCAACUGGUGCAACCCCCUUUUCCUUGGUUUAUGGGAUGGAGGCAGUGCUUCCUAUCAAGCUUGAGGUCCCGUCGUUGAGAAUCAUGGCUGAAAGUGGUCUCGAGGAAUUUGAAUGGUUAAGCGGGAGGUUUGUCGAACUGAUGUUGUUUGAUGAAAGAAUGCUCCGAGCUUUGUAUCACAUUCAAGGGUAUCAACGUCGAAUUGCUCGCGCGUUUAAUAAAAAGGUGAAAUCCAGGAGCUUAGUCGAAGGAGACAUGGUUGAGGAGGUCAAGCACAAGUCAAAGCUGCAUUGA